AUGAUAAGAAAUUUAACAUUACCUAAAUUACCAGUACCUGAUUUGGAAUCCACUUUGGAAAAAUAUUUAUUGGCGGUUAAACCUAUAAUUAACGAAUCACAAUACGAUCAAACGAAAUCUUUAGUUUAUGCACUCACAGGACCUCAUCAAAAUGGGGUAGGACCCAAAAUUCAAAAAUGUUUAUUGGAAAGAAGAGAAGAAAAAGACAAUUGGGCAUACGAAUGGUGGUUAAACGACAUGUAUUUAAAUGUUCGACUGCCAUUGCCGAUCCAUUCGAAUCCAGGUAUGGUUUUACCACCGCAAGAAUUCAAAAAUGAUAAAGACAUGGCAAAAUUUGCUGCCGUUUUUAUACGGGGAGUCGUUGAUCACAAGGAAAAAUUAGACAGAAAAUCUUUACCCGUCGAACGUGCUCCGUCACACGAAAAAGGUCAACCCUUGUGCAUGUCACAAUAUUAUCGUCUUCUGACGUCAUAUCGUGUUCCCGGAGUUAAAAGGGACCAAUUAUUUUCGACAUUGUAUCAAGGGGACGGUUCGACCGAACACAUAAUCGUCAUUUAUAAAAACCAGUUGUAUUCGUUGAGAGUGAAAACGGCGAGAGGUGAGGGUGUCAUAGACAAAUUAUCAAUCGAACAAAUAACCGGUGAAUUGUUGAAAAUUCUAUCGACCCCCAUCAAAACAAUGAGACCAGUACCCAUCGGUUUGUUGACGUCACAAAAAAGAGAUAUUUGGGCGGUGAAUAGAGAAAAUUUAAAACAAGAAUAUCAAAACGUUGAUUAUUUGGAAAUGAUUGAAAAAUGUUUGAUGAUUGUUUGUUUUGACGAUCCCCUACCUGAAAGUUUCAAUUUACAAACUCCUAGAACGGAAACAAACGAAAUAAAUAAAGGUUACAAAUGCGGAAAUAGAGACGAAACAAACAUGAUGCAUCAAAUGUUAGGAGGCGGUGGAAGUUUAUACAAUUCAGGAAAUAGAUGGUUCGAUAAAACGUUACAACUCAUAAUAAGCAAAGAUGGAGUUUGCGGUUUUUGUUAUGAACAUUCACCGGCCGAGGGAAUCCCGGUUAUAAAAUUAGCAGAAGAUUUAUUUAAAUUAUAUGAAGAAACGAAAGGGAAAAUAUUAGAAAAUGACGGUUCGACCGUGCCGGAUGAUAUGCAAGCGAAUAAAUUCGAUUGGAUCGUUACGCCGGAAAUACAAAAAAGUAUCGUGGAAGCAGCAAAAUCCAUAGACAUAUUAGUGGAAGAUUUAGAUUUUUACGUGUACAGAUACGUUAAUUACGGUAAAGAUUUUAUAAAAUCUUGUAACUGUAGUCCGGAUGCUUACAUACAAAUGGCUCUUCAACUUGCUUAUUAUAAACUUUACGGACAUUUGGUAGCAACGUACGAAAGUGCUGGAACAAGAAGAUUUUUAUUAGGAAGAGUCGAUUGUAUAAGAUCAGCAACUAUGGAAGCACUCUCAUGGGUACAAAGCAUGACGAAAGAGGAUGAAGAGGAUGAGGGAGAAGGGAUAGGAUCGAAAAAAGUUACUUUUUCAUUACUCGACGAUAAAAAAAAACUCGAACUCUUCGAUGCCGCGAUGAAACGUCAAGGUGAAAUAAUGUUAGAUAAUAUAUUGGGUAAAGGAAUUGACAUACAUUUAUUGGGAAUAAGAGAGAUGGCGUUGGAAUCAAUGGGAACUAAACCGGAAAUGUUCGACGACGAGACAUACGCGAUCGCAAAUCAUUUCGGUUUAUCCACGAGUCAGCUCGCAACGAAAUUAAAUAUGUUCAUGGGUUACGGACCUGUGGUACCUGACGGGUACGGGGCAUCUUAUAAUCCGCGAAACGAUCAAAUAAUUUUUUGCAUAUCCGCAUUUCAUUCGUGUGCAAAAACGAGCGCAUGGAGAUUUGCACGGAGUCUCGAACAAUCUCUGGAUUCAAUGCAAAAACUCAUGAAUUCCAGAGAAAUCGACUUGAAAUAA